AUGAUAUCAUGUCAUGAUCUCUAUCGAAUCUCUGCCAGACUCUGCAGAGUGACUGGAAAUGCAGAUGAUCCAUUUGGGGGUUUAAAUGUAAUUUUAUGUGGUGACUUUGCUCAACUACCGCCUGUCAAUAGAGCCCCAUUGUAUAGUCACCGUGUAGGAACACAAGUGAACAGAGGAAUGGGGCCAACAGAUCAAGAGUCUGCAUUAGGAAAAGCCCUUUGGCAUCAGUUCACGACCGUUGUCAUUCUCAGGGAAAACAUGAGACAAAAAACACAAACCAAAGAAGAUAGUAAAUUAAGGCGGGCACUUGAGAAUAUGCGAUAUAAAGCUUGCACUAUACAAGAUAUUGACUUUCUGAGGUCCAGAAUAGCAGGGAAAACAGAUAAUAAGCCAAAACUGUCACAGCCAAGAUUCAGGCACAUCUCUGUUAUCACAGCCCGCAAUAUACAUCGAGAUAAGUUAAAUCAACUGGGAUCUACUCAAUUUGCAGCUGAUACAAAUCAACAAUUGCAUCAUUUCUAUUCCGUUGACAAAUGGAAAUCAGACACAACAUCUAAUAAAAGUAAAAACAAAAGCAGAAGUAAAAGUAGCAACACUUAUCACUCAGAAACUAUUGAUGAUGCAACUCAGAAUAUAUUAUGGAACCUUCCACAUGAUGCAACAAACCAUGUACCUGGAAAAUUAUCUAUCUGUAUAGGCAUGCCUGUAUUAAUUAAAAAAAAUGAAGCGACUGAAUGCUGUAUCACGAAUGGGGCAGAAGCAAAGGUUGUGUCUUGGCACUUUGACAGUUCAUCAGGUAAACCUGUACUAGACACACUGUUUGUUGAAUUAGUAAAUCCUCCUAGGACAAUACAAUUAGAUGGCUUGCCCAAAAAUGUGGUACCUUUGACUAAGCACACUUCAAACGUCCAAUGCAAAAUGCCAAAUGAUCGUAUAGUUUUUGUGUCACGUCAACAAAUACCAGUCUUACCUAACUUUGCCAUGACAGACUAUGCAUCCCAAGGAAGAACAAGACCCAAUAAUGUGGUUGAUUUACACAACUGCUCCAAUCACCAAUCAUAUUAUACAUGCCUAUCUAGAAGUGCCUCCGCUGAAGGCACAAUCAUAAUUCAAGGAUUUGAUCCAGCAAAAAUUAUGGGUGGAGCAUCAGGGUACCUACGACAA